AUGGAAGUAGCUGAUAUAAUAAGUAUAAGUAAGCCUAGUAAGUUCGAGGAUGUAGAUUCUGACAUAGAGAUGUCAGAUGGUGAAGAACCUAGAGAUAAUGGUAUAGUAACCCCGGGAGAAUUAGUCACUGAUGAUCCAGUUUGGAUGAAAGGUCAUGGAACUUAUUUCUUAAAAGAUAAUACAUAUUCUUCUGUAGCAGGGAAUGUCUCGAGAGUUAAUAGAUUAUUAAGUGUUAUACCUUUGAGAGGGAAAUAUCAACCAGAAACAGGUGAUCAUGUAGUUGGUAGAAUUACAGAAGUUGGUAAUAAAAGAUGGAAAGUUGAUAUUGGAGCUAAACAAGAUGCAGUUUUGAUGUUAGGAUCUGUUAACUUACCAGGAGGUGUUUUAAGAAGAAAAUCAGAAAGUGAUGAAUUACAAAUGAGAAAUUUCCUUAAAGAAGGAGAUUUAUUGAAUGCUGAAGUCCAAACAGUAUUCAAUAAUGGAUCAGCAUCAUUACAUACCAGAUCAUUGAAGUAUGGGAAGUUAAGAAAUGGAAUAUUCCUCACUGUGCCAUCAAGUUUAGUGAUAAAGUCUAAGAAUCAUUCCCAUGAUCUUCCAGGAGAUGUGAGUGUAAUUUUAGGAGUUAAUGGAUUCGUUUGGUUAAAUAAGACCAAUAAAUCCACUUCAAAUAGUGUUGUUAAUAAUAAAUUACAAUCAACCAUAGAUUCCAAAGGAAAUUAUGAUCCAGGUAAAGGUUCAGUGUCCAUUACCAGAUUAGAAGAAGAAAGUUCAUGGGAAAUUUAUAGUGAUAAGAAUGAUAAAAUCUCCGCGACUGUUAGAGAUAAUAUAACGAGGUACUAUAAUGUUAUCAAAGCUUUGAGUCAUGGAGAAUUGGGGAUAACUGAACAAAGAAUUAAUUUAGGAUAUCAAGCAAGUUUACAAUUUGGAAACAUCGGGAAAUUAAUCGAAAUAGAAUCAAUGGAAAAUAUCUGUCAAGACAUUAUCACCAAUGAAAGGAUGAGGGGUUCAAUGUAA